UCGUCGUCCAGCUCUAGUACAAAGCGGCGCCAUUUAAAAGUAGCGUCUGUCCAGAAAAAUUCCAAUUUCUUUUAAACUGUCAAAUUAACAUUGCUCGCCAUCGAGAUGCAGCGCUACAAGGACUUAUACAAACAGCAAUCCCUUGCUCUGAGCCCUCGCAACUUCAAUGAGCAGAACCGGGAGCUCCAGAAAGCGGUGCGUGCCAAACAACGCGAAGAUCGUUUUCAAAGCAACCGCAUUAUUAGCGUAAGUCCAACUCCCGUGAAGCCUGCGGCACGUAGCCUACGGCUUUCGGAGGAGGCCGAGCCACGCCUUACAUAUGUCGCUCCGCCGAAGGAGAACCAAAAACCAGAGCUGGCUCCACAGCAAAAGAAACCCACCCGGCAAGAUCUUUACAUGAAGCGCUUUCUCGACUGGAAGGCUUCCAAGAAGGAACAAACAAAGGAUGAGCAAAACACUCGUCGCGGCCAACCGUUGCAAUCGGCGCCUUUACAGAAUUCUAGAUUCACUCAUAAAACCGGAACAUUUAAACCUCCGUCGAACCUCCAGCAAGAGCAGGAGAACGCUCCAUCAUUUGUGCCGCCUAAAAGGCAUUCUUUGUACGUGGUUGUAAAUAAAGUGCAUCCCACGAGCACGAAAAAUCCUAGUUCAACGACAUCGCGUCCUCAGCCAACCAUAUCACGUCCUCAAACCACAACGCGCGCCCAGCCUGCGGCAACCACAGUAAAACUUCAUCCAACUACAACGCGCGCCCAGCCUGCGGCAAACACAGUAAAACUUCAUACAACUACAACGCGCGCCCAGCCUGCGGCAACCACGGUAAAGCCUAAUCCAACGACAUCGCGCUCUCAGCCUAAGACAACUACAACGCGCUCCCCGCCGGUUGCUGUGAAGACGCAAACAAGGAAUCUGCAGCCAACCACAGUAAAGCCUGCACCGUCACAUGCAUUGCCCAUGAAGCCUACACCAGCACCAAAGCCCAAGGCAGCAUGUGUGGGCGUUGGAUCAUCUGCAAAUGGUGUUGUACACUUGCCAAAUGUGAGGACCCAACCAUUUGAGAAGCCGGCCGUGAGCAAAGCCAGCAUGGCAGCGGGUCGCCGGGCCGAGAUUGUGAAACCAAAGCCAAUUCGUGGCGGCGGCGGAGCUGCUGGCAAGUUUAAGCCAGCCGCACAGACACAAGGGCCUGCUGUAAAAGACAAGCCUGCCAGUCAGUUUUCGAUGAGAAUGAAGGCCAAGAGCAACACCAGCAAGUACGUGAAUCUUCAAAAGAAUGUUCGUAACCGACCGGAGCUCAGGAUGGAGUUGAUUGAGGCUGCGACCACUGAACUGCCUCCCAAUACGCCGCUGGAUGAAAGAAUUAGUUGCCCUGCCCUGGCGACGUCCACGCAGUGCAAGUCCAAUAAUUGCAGUGAUCAUAUGUUGGAAGUCUUUGGUGACAUCACAAGUCUAAGUCCAGUUGCUCCGCCAAGCAGCAUCAGAGAAGCUGAUGCAAAGGAUGACGUCCCUGAGAAGUCGAAAGCGAAGCGAAAAUUUGAUUUUUCCCGAUACUCUGUGGUCGAGUCGAAAGCCGAAGAGAGUUUGAUCUUGGAUCCAUUUCUGGCUAAGGUUACAGACGAGCUAGAUCCAGAAGAAGUGACUCUGAAGCCAGCUGAGGAGAAUACACCUCCUCGCAGGAUUUCCGAUGGAAAGCCGAACUACUUGAGUCCGUUUGUGAGCGUUUCGCGCGGUAAAGUUAACUCUCGCUGUGAGCGGGAGAAGCGAAAUAGCAUGUAUUUGCCCGGUGACGAGACUCCUGUGGCCAUACGGCGAGCUAUCGAGUCGGUGCUCUACUUUCGCAUACAGCUGGAGAACGAGAUUGGGCGACUGCGUGCCAUCUGCAGCGAGUGGGAAGUCUAUAGCAAGGAGAAUGAGGCGCAUCUGCUUGAUACGGGUGGCAUGGAUAUGAUCAAUGUGGCCAUUGGACAGACAAAUCUGCUCGCUACCAAGAAAAUGUUACAGUUUAGCGGUCUGAUUGACCGCUGUGAGGCGGGAGCUACGGGCAAGAACCAUCGACCCUACGAUGGCAGCGAGGCGACGAAGCCCGUGCAGGCAGAGGAUCUGGAGGGAUGGUGGGACAUGCUGAGACUCCAGAGUGAAAAUGUAGACAAACGCAUUGACAACUUAAAGAGAUGGAAACUGAACAAUUGGCAGGAUCCCGAUGCAGUCGAAGACACGAAAAUACCAGCCAAGAUGGUGGCCAAACCAAAGGCAAAGCUGGGCAACAAUUUGAAGGCAAAGCCCAAGGGCAAGGCUAGCAGUAGCUUGAAGCAAUUCCUCCGGAAGGCCCAUGCCGAUAUGAAAAAGAUCAAGACCGAUGUGACUUCUGCGGACAAUUCUCCUCCCACUCCAUCUCGCAGCAGCAACCAGCGUGUGAUUGUAGUACGCGAUCGUCGCUCCUUCUCUCCCGCUCGCACCGUCCUGCGCAUGUCUGUCGGCGAGUGCCGUCCUUCCAUUGGGGGCAAUGCCUUGCUCAAGACUGCCAUAUUGGCGGCAGCCGAACAAAACGCUCUGAAUCACACUCCCCCUCCGAAUAAGGCACGCCAGUCGAUUCUGAAGACGCCAGGGACCAACAAGCGUGAAAGCCGUGGCGUUAUUUUCAGUACAAAGAAAAAUGUACGUCGUUUCAAAUUCACCUUCGAUGAAGGCACUAUCAGCGAUGAUGAGGCCGUCGGGGGCGAUAAGCUAGAGGAUUGCGAGGAGGACAUGUCGCUGGAGGCUUCAGGGGAAAGACGUUCCCUAGACCAAUGGCCAGCUGGAAAUCAGCAGCAAUCUGAGAAUGGCAACACUUCGCGCACGUACACACUUCGCAAUCGCAGGGUGCGUCUUAGGCCCUCCACUGAGUUUAUGUAGUUUGUGUUUUAUUUAUUGUUUACAGUUUUAAAAAUUUUUGUUAAUAUAUGGUUAUGUGUAAAAUAUUUGAUUUCGAUGUACUAUGUAAUUCCAAAUGUCAAAGCUUAGAUUUUAGUAUCAUUUCGAAGAAAUCAAUCAAAUAAAGAAUAUAAAUAGCGCAGUA